AUGUCUCAACCUAUCCUUAAAGAAUCUAAAUGCAUUACUUCAUCUAUUUUAACUCAACAGCAGCAAAAUUUCCCUUUUUUACUACCCCAAAACAGAUUGAGAUUCAACACACAAACGGCGGCUACAUUAAUGAGUGGAUUAAUCAAUCCACGUUUAUAUUUUGAAAAUUUGGCAGCCGAAGCAAGGAAUAAAUUUGGCAUUGAAAACAAUUUUAGACUUAAUACCAGCAUAAAUCUUGAUAAUAUGUUACAACGUUCGUUUAGCGUGGCAUCAACACAUCAAAUGUCACCAUUGAAUGAUACAAUUAGAAAUGAACAACAGAAAAUUAAUUCACAAAUGAAUAAUUUCUCAAAGCUGCUAAUUCCUUCUUAUUGUUCAACUACCUUUCCUUCUCCAUCUCAAUUCAUUCCGAUACAAUCUUUUCCUUCAAUCUCUUCAUGGCAAACUUUGUUUAAAAACAACAAUAAUAAUACAAAUAUACUUCAACCAACAUCCAUAACUAAUAGAUCUAAUGAGAAUUCUAUAUCAGCUCAUGAAGAAGGCGAGGGUGUAAUUAAUGAAAGGCCAUAAACCAACGAUUCGUAAAAGAAGACAUAGUGGCACAGUCUCGUCAGAUGCUAACGGUUGGCAAAAGGAUGAAACAAACA